GUACCAGCGGCCGCAACGCCCUCGUUGUCACCCCUGUCGCUAGCAGUCGACAGCUGACAGAGGAAACUGUCACCGCAAUCCGAGCUAUAGUCGAUUGGGUCAACGACGCAUUUUGGCAUGUCAAGGUGCUACUGGUUCUCUGAUUUAUAAAAGAAAACAUUUAGCACAAGGAAAUGGCCCGGAACAUAUGUGCUUGCUCUGAUUCAUACAGUGAGUGCAGUGACGACUUGUCUGAGGCAGGAACUGAUGAAUGGCUGGAAAUGCAAGAGCUGAAAAAUGAUCUUAACGAGGAGUGGCGAGCCCUUGAAGAUUUCACUCGAGCCAGGCAGAUUCUGAAGGAGGCACUCCAGAGUGUGCAGUGUCCAUCUUCAGAAGAAACUUCCUGUCUCUGCCCUACUCCACGGUAUCAGCGUCCACAAAGACAUGGAAGAAAUCUGAAGGAGCAAAUGUUCAAUGUACGGAGACAGAAGAUUCCUUCAGCCAUUCAAGAAUAUGAGGAACCUGAAGAUGAGGGCCUCAGUGGAAUGGCUCCUCGAAUAAUUGCAUCAAUUUUGCACAUGGAAGAGAAAGGCAUGCCACUGGACCAAUCUCCAGAAACAGUCUACAGUUACUUGUUUAACGAGCAACAAGAAGAACCUGUACUGAUAACAGGACCAGCAGCACCAUCUCAUCCAAAGGAUAUUGUAGUUCCUCUAUCUGUGCCUUCAGAAACCCAACUAUGUGAAAGUGUACAUAAUAUUGGCAUAGCUGCUUCAGCGGUGAGUUCUGCAUCACACAGGCCAAAAGAUUCCAUUUUUUCAGAACACAUGCCAAAGAUUCCUGGAAAAGGGACAGAAGAAACUGCAGAACAGCGUUCAAUAGUGCAACCUGGUCUGGAUUUCAACCUUCAGACACAACCAUCACGGAAUGUGACGAAAGUUCAAAUACGUGGUUCAGUCCUUCCACCCUGGUUUCCAGUUAAGAACACAAGAGCUACUAGUUUCAGUAUCACAUUACUAUCUUCAGGUUAUUACAGUUCUUUUGAGGGUGAUGAAAGAAUUUGUCUAUCAUCAACACCAAGCAAGACUGUGCAUAAAGCAUGGAAGCUAAUGGCUUCAGGUGGAAAUAAAGUCAAUAUUUUGACUAAUGUUGAUUUCUAAAGCCAUACUUAUACAGCAAUGAAAUUCUGUUAAAUUUACUGUGAGAGUGUAUGUCAUUGUUUCAAGAAAAUAUGUUCUCUAGUGCCAUAAACAGUGAAAGGCACACUAAG